CGUUACCAACGAGCCCUUUACGGCAGGCAACACUUCCACAUGGACUCCAACCAGCCUCGAGCUUUAGCCCGCGUGUGUGUGUGUGUUGCGUCGUGGUCGCGAGGUCUGUGUCGGAAACAAAUAAGUGCUGAAAAUGGGUAAAAGUAAAACCACCAGGUUUAAACGUCCCAAGUUCAACGCAGUCGGACUGCCGGCGGAAGCUGUGAAGGAAGCGGACGCCGAGGACGAAGAGCGCGGGGACGAUAGCUGCCCUGCCGCGGAGCUGCUGGAGAAAUUGCAGAGUCCCAGUGCCGACGUGCGGGAGUUCGCCUGCGCCAGCAUCUCCCGGGUGGUGCAGCAGAGUCAGACCAUCCCGGUGUUCCUCCAGCGGGACGCGAUCCGCCGCCUGGGGCCCAUGCUGAUGGACACCAGCCUGGCGGUCCGGGAGACGGCCGCCGGGGCGCUCAGGAACCUGAGUGCAUGCGGGGGUCAGGAGGUGUGCGAGGACAUGGCGAAGCACGACGUCAUGACUCCUCUGACAGCGCUACUUCGAGAGAGCUGUGCUGGUUUCGAGAGCGCCGCCGAGGCGAUGACGGACAAGAAGAACGCCGUGGAGGACGUGGCCCACGAGGCCGUGAACCUGUUGUGGAAUCUGUGUGAGAGCAGCACUCAGUCGCUGUCUGUGUUCAACAAAGCGGGUCUCCUGGAUUUGGUGGUCCAGUGUCUGGAGAGACACCCACACAACAUUGAACUGGCCACAUCAGCCGCCCACUGUCUGCAGACUGUGACGGAGGACAACCCGGAGCUGCUCUGUAGCCUGAACGCCGCUGUGCUCGGAGUGGUGGAGGGCGUGCUGCUGACGUCUCAGCCCGACAUGGCGCACACUCUCCUCAGGACGUUGGCUGCAGGGACUCUGUGGAACGUGAAGGGCAGCUUACCUGCGGCCCGUCAGGCCCAGACGCUCAACGCCGUGGUGGCCACCUUGUCCAAGUGCCUGGAUCUGGACGCAGGAACGCUGAUACCUGAACUGAGACAAGCAGAAGAGGUUCGUCACAGAAAUGCCCCCACUGGGGCGAACUCUGAGGACCAGGCUGUGGUGGAGAUGGACGAGCAGCAGGAGGAGGAGGAGGAGGAAGGACCGAAACGCAAGAGGAAUGGAAAGGCUGUGAGGGUUGAUAACGACUUCUCUGACCUCCUGCCUAGGGACAAGGAGGAGCUGAAGGAGGCCACGGCCCUGCUGACAGCCCAGCAGAUGUCCUUGGAGAUCAUCGUCAACAUGUGCUGCUCCGACGAUCCUUCCGACGACGAGUGGGAGGAGGAGUCGAGCAGCGACGAAUGCGACGCGGGUCCGGAUGGCCUGUGUGAAGGAGUGUGCAAUCUCAUGUCGCCACUGUGUUUGUCUGCCGAGGUGCACGAGGCCCUCGUCCAGCACAGCGUCCCACAAAAGGUCCUCAAAAAGACUGAGUUCCCCAGAAAGGAAGCUAUGGACGUGUGCCAACAGAUUCCCUCCUGGAGAGGCCUGAUAAAAAAGGUGCAGCGGGUGCAGUCCCGGGCGCUGACGUGCCUGCACAGCAUCCUCUCCGCCAUGGACGCCGAGUCUCUGGGAGGAGCGGCGGCCCUGCAGGAAGCAGCUCAGCACCUUUCCACGCUGGUUUUUGGAGCAGCAGAGAUCCCCAAAGACGAGGAGUUCCUGGAGGCCGUCAUAAGCGCCAUGCGGUCUUUGUUGCAGAUGAUUGCCUCCAAAAAUAUCUCCCAGGUACAGAAAGCUUUGUGUAUGACCCCCCAGCAGCUGAUGAGUCUGAGCGAAGCUGCCACCCGCUGCGACGUCGUCAGUGUGAGAGUCAACGCCGUCGCCAUUUUGGGCAUCACUGGCAGCACGUUAGCCAAAGAGAAGGACACGGCUGAGACCCUCCAGAUGAUUGGAAACGCCUUGCUUCAAGUGGCCACAAAGGACACCAACCUGGUUGUGAACGGAGAAGCCCUGGACGCCCUGUUUGAUGUUUUUGCAGAUGGAGACGAGGCGGAGACGGCUUCCAAAAACAUCCAUUUACUACCAGCACUGAAGGCCCUUCAGCCGGUAUUCAGAGCAAAGAUUCGUAAAGAAGGAAGAGGCAAGUACAACCCCCAGCAGCUGUGUGUGCUCGACAACAUCAAAGUCAACCUGAGAAGAUUCAUUGGCUAUCUGGAGAAGGUGGUGAAGAAAUAACUAUUAGACGUGUGCAAUCCGUUGAAUCUGUUUGCUUUGGACAGAUAUUUUACCGGCUCUGAAACCAUCAAGUAUUUAUUUCAUGUUGGUAGUAUACCAUUUGUUUUAAUCCGUUUCAAUGUUUAUAUUCUCUAAAUAAUGAUUUAACAUGAUACUUUCUGAUGUAAAAAGAUUUGUAGAGAAUCAGAUAUUUAGUUAGUAGUUACUACAUGUUGAAGAUUCUUUUUAUUCUUUUUUUGAAAAAUGCUCAUUUGGUUGAUAUGCAUCAUUUCACCCAAAAUGGUUGGAAUUUGAUGAAGUUCAUGUACCUCAGUGACAUAUUUUACAUCACAGGGCCCUUAAAGGAAGGAUUGUAGUAUCCUCUACGCGUUAAAAGUUAUGGGUAUUGUAUAAUAAUUCAUUCAGUUACGAAAUAAACUGGCCUGCUUACAAAGAAACACAAUUAAAUGGACUGUAAACUCUGCAUCCUACUAAGCUGAGAGGGUUUGGCAUUCUCACCGUCAUGGUCGUGAUAACCUUCAAAUCUAUUAGGAUGUAUUUGCCUUAAUAAAUUUGAAAAUAUUCUUUACCUCUUCUACUCUGAGGGCCCUCUGCUUCCCGUCUCGGCAUUCAGUUCUCAUUCUACUCAUCUGCAUGGAGUUGUAACUUUUGCAGUGGUAUUUUUGUGACUUUGUCUGCAAGUCACUAGGAAAGCCUUUUUACUGAAAGCAUUCUUGUCGUGAAUAGAUUUGGUUUCGCCAACACCAAUAACUAAGAUAUAAUUAUAUUUUACAACCGUGCCGGUUUGAAAUACUUAAACCCAGGAUAGUGCCAUCUUUUUUAUCAUGCUAUUGCCAGCUACUGCAGUUAUUGAUGCAGUAUGGUAAAGAUUUAAUAGUGACUUGCACCCACACAUGCCAUCUAAUAAAAAUGAAGAUCUCAAAAUGAGCCGUGUGAUAAUUCUUAUAUUUUAAGAACUAGACACAGCUUCACUGGGUUACAACGUUUCAGAGAAAUUAUACAUCUUGCAUGUAAUUAAGACACAUUUCAGGAUUAAUUUGAGGGAAAUCAUGUCAUCAAACUGUGAAUAAAGGCAUUUUAUGAAAUAAAUACUGAUUUACAACUGUU